AUGUAUAGGCAAAUUAAGGUUAGGGAUGCAGAUGCUAAUUCACAAUUAAUUAUUUGGAGAGAUUCUCCUCAGAAAAGGCUUGACAUUUGUAAGUUGAACACAGUUAUAUAUGGCACUUUAUGUGCACCGUACUUGGCCAUGCGUUGUUUAAAGAUGUUGUCAGAAGAAAAUUCUGUCAAGUAUCCACUAGCUUCGCAGACUUUAGAUAGGGACUGUUAUGUCGAUGACAUAAUUACAGAUGCAUCGUCAGAGCAGGAACUAGGGCAGCUGAAAUCGGAGGUCUGUAGUAAUGUUCCUAAGGAACAACAAAAUUUGUCAGCCACAGACUUUUCUGAACAAAAUAAUACUGUAAAAACAUUAGAUUUAUCAAGGAAUCAAGUUGAUGAUAUUUUCAAAAUCUCUUAUUCCAAUAUUUUUAUCACUUCUGCAGACACUAAAAGAUCUGUGCUUUCUACCAUAGCUAAAAUAUAUGAUCCUAUUGGACGACUCAUUUCUCCGAUUACCAUAACAGCGAAAUUGAUAAUGCAGGAAUUAUGGAAAUGCAAUUUAGAUUGGGAAGACGCCCUGCCAGAUGAAUUACAGGAUAGCUGGAACGAUUUCAGACAUCAUCUUUCGUGUUUGGAAGAUUUGUGUGUUCCGCGUUGUCUUUUCAAGCAGAUUCCUGUAUGCAUAGAGUGUCACGAUUUUGCGGACGCUUCAUUACUAGCUUAUGGAACUUGUAUUUAUUUACGGGCGACUAAUGAAGAUGGUAGUAUUUCCUGCCAUCUAAUAUGUUCUAAAUCUAAGGUUGCUCCGUUAAAACAAGUGACACUUCUUCGGUUAGAAUUGUUAGCAGCGUUGUUAUUGGCAAAAUUAUAUAGGCAUGUUAUGGCUAAUGGUGUUGUGAAGAUUAACGAAUCAUUUCUGAUUCUAGUAUUGUUAUUGCGUGGCUGCGUACAGAACCCUCACAGUUGA